UCGGUAAACGGUGGGUCCGGCGUUAUGCUUACUCGGAGAACUGCUCUUGCAAGGGCUCUGAUGAGGCCUACAUGUUAAAGCUCUCCCCCUCCUCCCCUCAAGAAUAUCACCGUGAUGGCUGAUGAUCAACAACAACCUGGUCAGCAGCAGAAUCCUAACUCGGGAUUAGGCUCUCUUCCAACGAUAGUGCCAGGACUACAGGCCUCCGAGGCCACUGCGUUGCAGUACAACAAGAUAAAGAAUUCCAUUUGCAAAUCUGUACAAUCAAAAGUGGACAGCAUAUUGCAAGAUGUUGAGAAGUUUACAGACAUUGAAAAACUCUACCUCUACCUUAAGUUGCCUUCUGGUCCCAGCAGUGGCAAUGACAAAAGGACUGAAAAUCAGAGGGGGACUGCAAGUCCUGGAACAUGCGACCAGAAUUCCAUGUCAUCGAGCCGAACUCAACAGAUGUAUGCUUUCAACUGGAUCCGAAAUCACUUAGAGGAACAUCCUGAGACAUCACUGCCAAAGCAAGAGGUGUAUGAUGAGUACAAGAGCUAUUGUGACAAUCUUGGCUACCAUCCCCUCAGUGCAGCUGAUUUUGGAAAAAUCAUGAAAAAUGUCUUUCCUAAUAUGAAAGCUCGUCGCCUUGGCAUGAGAGGCAAAUCCAAAUAUUGCUACAGUGGAUUGAGAAAGAAAGCCUUUGUGCACAUGCCAUCGCUGCCCAACCUGGACUUACAUAAAUCGGGUGAUGGGUCUGAGCUGAUGGAGCCAACAGGACAGUCCCCUAGUGCUGAAGAUGAGAUGCGCUCAGCUGCUUGUGGUCUGGUGUGCGAGUGGGCCCAGAAGGUUCUGAGUCGCCAGUUUGACAGUGUAGAAGAGUUGGCCCGCUUCCUGCUCAAUAGCCACUACAUCGGCACUAAGUCCAUGGCAGCUCUCACUGUCAUGACUGGGACCCCAACAGGGGUGAAGACACCUACACAGGCUUCUGCGUUUGUGCCAACAAGUGAAACCAAUUCUUUCCAGCCCCAAGUGAAGACUCUUCCUUCUCCCUCUAUUGACGCCAAGCAGCAGCUACAGCGGAAGAUUCAGAAGAAACAGCAAGAGCAGAAGCUUAAUUCUCCACUUCCUGGUGAAUCCCAGGCCAGGAGAGCUGAAGCAGGUACACCAGGACCUGGAUCAAGUCUCACUUCUGGAAGUCCUGCCCUUCUGUCGCCACAGCCCACUAUUGGCAUUGUAGUGGCUGCUGUGCCCAGCCCUAUCACGGUCCAAAGGAAUAGGCAGUUGAUGACUUCCCCAAGUCCUGUUGGGGCAGCAGAAGGGAAAGUCCUUCCUGUCAAUUUCCAGGUUGUCACCCAGUCUGUAAAGCAGUCCCCAAAAACACCCCAGAAUGUUCCUGCCAGCCCUGUUGGUGACCGAUUGGCACGACACAGAUAUGCUCAAAUUCUACCUAAACCCUCUGCAUCAAGUGCCAUCACUCUGCGCUCGCCUCCAACACUCCUCAUCACCAACAGUCCCAUAAAAACAGUGAUGCCAACCCCCCAUGUCAGCUCAGUUAAUGUUGUCAAGAUGACCGCUAUAUCACUGGCCCCUAACAGUAGCAGUGGCAGCAGCAGCACUCCAACACCCUUGCGUCCAGCUUCAGCUGGAGUAAGUAGCACUAGUUCACAGGAAGAGCAAAAUCAAACACAGGUGCCUCAGAAUGGCAAUUCAGCCACACCACUGCAGUCACCAGGGGCAGGAAGAACCGGACGUCCAGCCACAACUCCAACUCUUGUCGCAACUCCCGUGUGUGGUGUAAAAACAGUAUCUGAAUCAAUAAACGAUGAUAGUACAGCCACUGGUACUGACAAGUCAAGCACUAUUCAGGAUCCAAGUACUGGGCAAAAAAGUGAGCGAGCUACUAAACACCGGGCUUCCAGUGAACCUGCCCUCAAUGUCAAGGCCUCCCAAGUGCCAGAGAGACUUAAUGUGGCCAAAGGUGACUCCACAACCCCUCCCAUUACCAAUACAGGGGCCUCUAGCAGCAAUAACAACAGCAAUGACCGGCAGGACAACACUUUGUAUCUGACCAUCACUAAUCAGAGUGCAGAUGUUAGCCAUUCCAGUGGUGUGGUUACAUCUGCUGGCCAGUCACCCAAAGAUGCUGGUCCAGGCCCCAAAAGUCCUCGAAAGCGUUCGUCGUCUGUUUUGGAGACGCACUCAAUUCCUGUGAAAAGAGUGUUUAUCUCACAACAACCAUUAGAUGUCAUCAGUAAUCCCAAACCUGGUCCUGUAAUUGCAGGGAAAAAGAUCCAAAGGCCUGGGACUCCUGCAAGACCUGAGAGUGCUCCCUGUAAAGUGACUUUGAGACACACUGCGUCUGUCCCAACACAAAUUUUAGCACUUUCUGAUACUCCCAUUGGUAAUCCAGAGAGCUCUCAGCUAGUUGCCGAUGCUCAGAAUUCUUCACAAGCUGAUCUAGAUGAUGGGUCUGCAAAUAUAAGCCCUACUGGUCCUGCCCCUGCCAGUAACACAGCUUCCACCCCUGAUCAGUCAAUACUGCAGCAGAUAGCAAGCCAUCAGCAAGUAAUAGAUGUUGUCUCACAGGAGACAUCUGUGGUAAGUGAGCUUAAGAACUCUUUAUGGGACGAAGGUCAGCUUCAGAAGCAGGACUAUACGCAACAGAUUACAGUGGACCACAAGCAGAUUGCAGCAAACCAGCUGCCUUUGAUAUCACAAACACCUGAAACAUCUAGUCAGUUGACCCUCCAUCAGGACAUUGUCGAUUUUGCAGGGGCUCAAGGCAGCAUGGACUAUUUCCCAUUUAAUGAUGACGACAUGACCCAGGACAGUAUUGUGGAGGAGCUAGUGCAGAUGGAGGAACAGAUGAAGCUCAACAGUGGUUUGCAACCUUACCUGAGCUGUGUUGACAUAUCCCUACAGGGUCAAACUACAGUUGCUCAAAGUUCUAUCCUUUCUCCUCACCAGACAGGUACUCAGUUCUACCACUCUGCGCAUAGUAGUACCACCCCUGUCCAUACUCCAACACCAACACCCACUCCAACACCAACCCCAACACCGACUCCCACCUCUGAAAUGUUGCCGGGUGGGCACAGCUUGACCAGAGAGAGCCCUUGCUCACGAAUGGCACCUAUCACCCCAGUGGAUGGCAUUUUGGGUGGUGGCCGCCAUACUCCUAUUAGUACCCCUUUGUCGAACUGCAGUAGUAGUGUCCCUCCAAGUCCUGUGGAGUGUCGCAAUCCUUUUGCAUUCACCCCCAUAAACUCAAGUAUGACUAGUUACCAUGAUGGCAGUGUAGUGUCCAGCAGCCCAGUCAAGCCCAUGCAGAGACCUAUGGCCACACACCCAGACAAAGCCAAGCUAGAGUGGAUAAACAACAGAUAUAACAGCACUGCAACCUCCCCAGCUAUCUCUAACAGUAACAGCAUUGGGAUCCUUCCAAGCUACCAGGAUUUGGUAGAGGACCACUUCAGAAAACCACAUGCCUUUGCUAUCCCUGGACAGUCUUUUCAGUCGCAGGCACGGCAUGAGGAAGGACACUUGAAUCGUUUGGCAACUGUGUCACCAAUACAAGGACAACAAGCCGUCAUUGGUAAACAAGAGAGCUUUGCGGUACCAGCUCCACUGGACAACAAGGCUGGUGGGGGUACACCUGUGAGUGGAGGUGGAACCUUCCGUUGUCGUAGUGUCAGCCCAGCUGUUCGUCAGCGCAAUCUUAGUGGCACCACCGUUCAAACCAACACUACCCCCAAGUCUACUAUUUCCCCUUUUAGCUCCCCACUGACCUCCGAGGAGAUCAGCAUACUUACCAAUACCCAGUCGGUUGUAAGUGCCAACACGAUGGCCCAGAGGAGCCAAUCUGUGCCACUCAAUGUGAUGAUGCAGUCAGAGUUGCUUCCCAUUGGCCACCAAGGCCAACAAAGCAACAGUGCGAAAAUCACUAAUGUGCUCCUGAGCAAGAUGGAUGCUGAUGGAGAUGAUGCAGUUCGAGGCCUGGGUGUCAACAACUUGCCUGCAAACUACACAGCCCGCAUGAAUCUUACUCAGAUUCUAGAAACUACGCAGGCUUUCCCUGUAAGUGGAAACAGCCAAGCCCAGCAGUUGCCUGUGGGCUCAAGCACGGCAUCUUUCGAUUUUCAAAAGCCCAGUUACCUCAUUAGCACCAGAAGCGAACAGGCAAACUUUUCCACCAGUGACAACCAAGCACAAUCAGGCUCUGGGGAACAGCAGCUGCAACUGCAGGAUCAGCCGCAGCUACAAGAUGAUCAGGACCUCAGCCAGCAGCAGCUUCUGUCACAGGGUAUGCAGCAGGAUGAGGAACAGCAGCAGCAGGAGCAGCUGGACUUUAAUAGCACUGUUAAGGACCUCCUGGGGGAGGAUGGCCUCAAUCCCAGCUCUCAGCUUGUAGGUCAGGUGGCCUCAGAGCUUAAUGCAGUUGCCUCGGACUUCUCCAGUGACAUCCGGCUGACGUCAGACCUUUCUGGUAGUAUCAAUGAUCUGAACACUUUGGACCCUAACUUGCUGUUUGACCCUGGUCAGCAGCAGGAUCAGUAUGAAGACGCCACACUGGAAGAGCUCAAGAACGAUCCUCUGUUUCAGCAGAUAUGCAGUGACACUGUGAACUCUGCUGGCUUUGACUGGUUAGAGAACAAAGAUCAGCCAACAGUGGAGAUGUUGGGUUAG